AUGCCCAAAAAGCACCAGCGGUUUCACGCAAAGCCAGAAAGCCCCGCACAUCACAGUCUCGCGCCAUCUGUGUCUCGCCAGCAUGGCGGGUCUGGAGUCCGGGGCACCGGCUCCGCGUCAACGACAGCAUCAGUUAACGACCUGAUCAGUCACCUUCGCCGUACGCAAAUCCCCAGUCCAUCCUCGGAUGAUCCUCCGAGAUCUCAGAGCGCUCAGCGUUCGUUUGUCAUUCCACGAUCUGUUCAUCCGUCGCUUAGAGGGCUACUCGAGCUCCCCGAAACUCGACCACCGCGACCUCGCCCCGGCGUUCGUCGCACUGUAUUCGGUGUUCGCCCGUCUCGACCAACUGUUGGUCCUCCGCCGCCGGCGAGCUGGCUCACCCGGAGCAACGAUGCGGCAUCAGAGCAAGACUUGUGUGGGCGGACACCGGGGACCUCGGAAGAGAGUAUUCACCGGCUGAAUCGGCUUCAGAGGCCUAUGUUCCCGGGCCGGAAGAGUCUGGUGCACAUUUUGCUGAAAUCGAUGGCUUUGAAUUGGUGCUGGCAUGUUGAAUAUGACGGCCCGUUCCUGUCUCAACUUCCAAAUCACAUAAAGGAGCUGUUGAUGAGUUACAUAGCCGUUUACUCAAGAAACUCGUCUCUAGCGGGUCAUAUGAAAGGACUAAAGCCGAUAUUCCUGACCCAACGGGAUGAGGACCAGCUGGCCAGGGACAACCCAGACUUUGACGAGUCGAGGGGCGUCAAUGGCGAUUUUAGAAUUCGUCAAUUAGACCUGGGAAAUGCUCUGGGGAACUGGAUAGGCCUUAGACAGCUCUCACACGAAUUGACCCUCCACACAAGCCCAGCCGUGGGUGUUUCAAGCCAUGAGAUACAGGAGGACGUCCCAGCCUCAUGGGAUGAAGAAGUACGUGACAUGGAUGAGGAAGGCAUGCCUGGUGAUAUCUCGAGUCCCUCAAUACCUAGGGCUGUCACCCAGACCCUGCGGUUCCCCGAGCUGCGUGCCUUAUCUCUAGCACACCCCAAGCCUAGUGCCGCCAGCUGGUCCGCUCUACUCAAUCUCCUGGUACACCUACCAACACUUACCCAUCUCUCACUUGCACACUGGCCUAUGCCAACUCGGAAUCCAAGCGCUGUCCGCACCCGCAUUCGCGACCCGGUAAAGCCUCUCCUGACCUCAGAUGCCUUUGAUAACAAUUGGGCCGAGGCUGCAAGUACCCUUCGCCAGCUGUCUCGCUCGACAUACUGCCUGAAAUGGUUAGAUCUUGAGGGCUGCGGCGACUGGCUACCGGCUUUGAAAUGGGUUGGGAAAGAUCCAGAUGGCACGCCGUACCGCCCUGAAACUGUUGGCCCAGAGUGGAAUGGGUCAUGGAGAGAUGUUGAAUGGCUCGGGAUUGGCCCUGGGUUUUUCGAUUUGACAGAACCGAACGAUCCGUUUCAUGUGUCGGAGCCAGAGACGGGUUCUUCUCUUCAUGCACGUCACCUUCAAAUUGCUCGAGAUGUAUCGAGGCAUAUUCGGCAAAUAAGAAGCGGAAAGAAAUGGCUUGAGUUUGAUUUCGGACUAGGACUAGAACAGGUUGAACCUGAGAUAGUUGUGCCUCCUGGUGGUCCAGCAUUCUCGGUCUACCCGUGA